CUACACUGAUCAUCAGGUCACUGAUGAUCAGUGUAGCCCCACCAAUGCCACCUGUCAGUGCCCAUCAAUGCCACAUAUCAGUACCUACCAGUGCACAUCAAUGCCACAUAUCAGUGCCAAUCUGAGUGCCCAUCAGUGCCGCCUAUCAGUGACAUAUAUAAGUGCUGCCUUUCAGUGCGCACCAGUGAUGCCUGUCAAUGCCCAACAGUGCCACCUAUCAGUGCCCAUCAGUUCAGCCUAUCAGUGCCCAUCAUUGCAGCCUCAUUUAGCGCACAUCAGUGAAGGAGAAAAAUUACUUAUUUACAACAUUUUAUAGCAGAAGCUGAGAAAAAAACCUAUUUUU